AUGGCCAAGCAGUUCUAUGACCUACCGACGGAAGAGAAAAUGAAAGCGCCGCAUCCGCCGGGCUGGGCAGUGCACAGAGGCUACUCGUGGCCCGGGCUGGAGAAGGUCUCCGGGGCGUUAUCCGACAAGACUGACGAAGAGUGGGUAAGGAAGCUGAGGGAGGUGCAGGAUUAUAAGGAGAGCUACGAGGUCGGCUCAGAAGACAACCCGGACCAACCUAACGUGUGGCCGCCAGCCGAAGUCCUGCCUGGAUGGCGCCCCUUCAUGACGUCCUUUUACUGGACGUGCUUCGAAACCGCCAAGCACAUCCUCCGCGCACUGGCCCUGGGCAUUGGCCUCGAGGACGAGAAUCACCUGCUCGCCUACCAUUCCGGGCACUACAACCAGCUCCGCCUGCUUCACUACCCGCCUUUACCGGCUGAGGCGGUCGAAGGCGGCAAGUUCGCCCGCAUGCCUGCCCACACGGAUUGGAGCACCAUGACGAUGCUGUUCCAGGACGACUGCGGAGGAUUGCAGGUCGAGUCUCCGACCGUGGCGGGAGAAUUUAUCGACGUGGCGCCCAUUCCGGGCACCUGUGUGGUGAAUGUGGGCGAUCUGCUCACGCGCUGGAGUAACGAUUAUCUCAAGUCGACGUCGCAUCGGGUGCAGCUGCCUCCGCGCCAGGAUCGGUUUACCGGGGAUGAGAGGCUGACGAGGGCGCGAUACUCGAUUCCGUACUUUGUCUCUACGGAUCCUGAUACGGUCAUUGAGUGCUUGACGAGAGGCGGGCAUGCCAAGUACGAGCCUAUUACGCAGCGAGAGUAUGCGGCUAUGAGAGCGAGGAUGCAGUAUUAG